GCCAGUGCGGCGGACCCGCGCCAGCAGGAGUGCAGCCGCGCCGAGGCGGCCCGCCUCGGAAGCCAGCGGCCCCGCAACCUCGGGAGAGCGCUGGCCCCACCGGCGCCAGGCCAGGCCGCAGGGGCAGCCCUGGCGGCGUUGCUCCAGGAGGUCCGCCUUGCCCCGCAUGGGCGCAAGGGAGCCAGGGGAGCGCUGUACCUGCAGGGCGACCCCGGCACGGAGCCAGGCACGCUGCAUGAGCGGCGGUGGAUGGCGGGCCUGCUGCAGUCGGGCGAGCGGCCGCUCAGGAUGGAGGCUCAUGAGCUGGAGAAGGCAGAGGACAGGCACGCCAUUGCCGCCAGGCGGAAGCGCUGUGCUUCGGCCGUCGACGCGGAGCGGCAGACCCUGGCACGGUUCGGCUGGCACUUCAAGUCGAAGCAGUACCUGGCCGCGGACCUCGGCGGCGAGUUCGAUCCCAUGUUCCUCGGGCCCAGGGCGCUAGGCAUUGAGGUUGGCCUGGGAGCUCGGCAGGCUUUCGAUCGCAAUGUGAUGCCGAAGCUCAGCCGCGACCCCCCCUUGCAUCGACCGCUGCUCGCGGGCGCCAUCGGACAGCUGCUCGGGCCAGGAAACGAGCUGAGUGUGAGGGGGCGGCUCGCGGGAGGCGCCUACUUCUCCAACGCGCACCCUAAUGGGAGUAGGUGGAGCGUUUGCAGGCCAGCUGUCGGCGGGCUCUACGGCAAGCUGGACCUCGUGGACGGCGCCGACAGGCGGGACCUCCGCCCGCAGCAGACGGCCAAGAACUGCGAGGACUCCACUGGCGGGACCCCCGUCAACUAUGCGGGGCCUACGGGGGAGAAGGUCAACACCGACUGCGGCACCGCCACGGCCUGCCUGUGGAGGGCGAGCGGGCGCCCCUGCGCCCAGCAGGACCAACGUGUGUUCGUGACGAAGAAGGGGCCAACAUGCUGCUUGAGGCAGGUAUUCCCUUACGAGCUCCUGACGGAGACUGAGAAGCGCGGCAGCGAGCGCGCAGACCGCCUAGCCAAGUCGGGGCGCCAGCUGCACGCAGUGGACAGGCAGAAAGUAGGCGAGCACCACGCACUGGCAGCGUUGGUGUGUGAACUAGGACGCCGGGUCAGUCAGGCCGCCUUCGUCGAGCGAGGCAUCGAGGCCAAGGAGGGCGAAGGGCUCCCUCCUGCUGCUGAGCGGCGCCAGAUGCGUUCCGUGGCCGUCGAGGCGCCCCUGGCCGCAGUGGAGCCCGUUGGCGCGGGGGCUCUGGCCAAGCGGCCACGCCUGGAGAGCGCCCGCCCGGGGAGCUGCAGUUCGCCCGCCCCCUCGGCCAGCGCCGUCGCCUUCAGCGUCCUGGAGCACGCCCUGUCCUAUGCCAGUGCUUGGGAAUGCGAGGACACCCAGGGGGUCGUCGCUUGCUCCAAGUGCGACGCCCACGAAGUGUCAGGCGGCCGCUCGGGGGUGAGGCCCCGCCUCAAAGAGCGGCGCCCAGGCGACAAGACGGACAAGUCAAGCGGGGACCAGCGCAGCCUGCAGCGGCGGGGGCCCCAUCCUGGUGGCAGGUCUCGAGCUGCCAGGCAGAGAGUGAAGGGAGGUGGCAUCCCUGAGCCGCGUUCGCAAGGGCCAGUGCCAGGUCAUACCCAGGAGCGAUACCUGGAGUGGCGCGACAUCGCAGCGGAGCCUGCAGUGCGCGGCCCGUCCGCUGCGAGCUGUGCAGGCAAUGCUCCAGCGGCUGCCGCAACGCUUGUGGCCGCCUCGCGCAGCCUGAGCGAGGCCUCUGCGGCUGCGGCCGCUGCGCCGAGGCUCCUCCAGUUGCCACGCGACGAGCUUCUGGAGAUCGAGGGCGCGCUGCACUUCGGCGACCGCGCCCGGCACGCGCCCCCCCUGGAGGCUGCAGGAGGCGCCCCGCAGUUGCCUGACGGCUUGCCGUUGCAAGCGCAGGCCUUCGAGUGCGUCAUCGCGGGCCACAGCACGUUGCUGCGUGCCGAGGCGCCCGCCUUUGCCCCCAGCUGCGCAGGCGAGGUGGCAGCCAGGGCGCGGGAGUCCGCCCUGUUGGCAGCGCUCGAGGUGGCCCAGGUGCCUGGUGAGAGGGGCAUCGAUGAGGUGAAGAAGGCCGUCGACCAGGUGCUCGGCAAGAAGGUGUUCAUCGAGUCGCCCUGCACGCAGAAGGGCGAGACGUUCGAGGAGCAGGUGCUGGACGUCACCGGCGACGACGUGGGCGUCGACCAGGUGCUCGGCGUUAAUGCGUUCAUCGAGCCGCUCUUCACGCAGGAGGGCGGGGCGCUCGAGGAGCAGUCGAUGGACGUCAUCCGCAACGACGCGGGCGUCGACCAGGUGCUCGGCGAGGACGCGUUCAUCGAGCCGCUCUUCACGCAGAAGGGCGAGACGUCCGAGGAGCAGGUGCUGGACAUCAUCCGCGUCGAGGUUGGCGUCGACCAGGUGCUCCGCGAGGAUGCGCUCGUCGAGCCGCUCUUCGCGCAGAAGGGCGAGGUGUUCGAGGAGCAGGUGCUGGACGUCAUCAGCAACGACGCGGGCGUCGACCAGGUGCUCGGCGAGAACGCGUCUAUCGAGGCGCUCUUUACGCAGAAGGGCGAGACGGCGCUGGACGUCAUCAGCGACGACGUGGGCGUGGACCAGAGGCUCGGCGAGUACGCGUUCAUCGAGCCGCUCUGCACGCAGAAGGGCGAGACGGUGCUGGGCGCCAUCAGCGACGACGGGGGCGUCGACCAGGUGCUCGGCGAGAAUGCGUUCAUCGAGCCGCUCUUCACGCAGAAGGGCGAGACGUUCGAGGAGCAGCGGCGCUGCGCGACGGGCGCGCUGGAGACGGACCAGCCCACCCCGAAGCAGCAGAGGCUCAGGGGCCACUCGGGCUCGGAGUGCGGGUUCGUUUCGUUCCUGGACGACUUCUCGGUGGUGGCGGUGGCGCGUGCGGCCCAGGGGCCGAAGUCGGGAGUGGAGUCGCCCCUGGACUGGGCCGAGGCCCGCGCCUUCGGCGCCCACCUCGGCAGUGCAGGUUGUCCAGAUGCCGAGGCGCGACCGCUCAGCCCGUGCGCCUGGGGCCAUGGCGCGCUCCUCGCGUGGCGGCAGCAGUGGCAAGCUCAGCAGGCCGUACUGGAUGUGCAGCUGCGGAGGUUGGUACUGGGACUGGCGAGCCUCUUGCUUCAGCUGCGGGUAUGCAGCGCCGCCCUGGGCUCUGGGGUCAGCCCCGCCGCGGGGAAGCCCAAGGCCGACAAGGACGGCUGGGUGGACCAGCCGAGGGGGCGCAAAGCCCAGCUGCAGGCCCGCAGCGCUGCCUCGCGAGCGGCAUCCGCCAAGUCGCAGACCUCGGCGUCUGCGGCCAGUGGGGCGCCGAGUGGCGGUGGAGUCACGGCUGUCGAGAGGCUGCAGGCGACGGUCGAGCAGCCGGAGGCGCUGCAGGCUGGGCCGCCCGAGGGCGUGGACGGCAGCUUCACCAGCGUCGUGGCCAGCCAGCUGGAGUCGAAGCGGGCAGAGCUGGCCAAGGCCCAGCAGGCAGCAGCGGAGCAGAAGGACCUGGAGCAGAAGCAGGCGGCGCGCGACCUCGCGGAGGCCCAGCUCCAGAAGGCCCGGGAGGAGCUCGCGGAGCGGGGCGGCGCGCUGGAGGAGGCCAGCAGGGCGCUCCAGGCCCGGGCCUCCAGCAACUUCGAGGUCGCGUGGGCAGCCAUCCGCGCCCAGAUGGAGGCGGUGCGAGCGCAGCUCGCUGGGCCCCCCUUGGCCCCCACGCAAGCGCCGCGGGCAGAGUCCUGCCCCGUGGACGAGAUCAGCAGCGACGACGGCAACGACGGCAACCUCGCAGGCAGCAGCGGCCCCUGGCAGCCCCAGGCCGCAGCGGAGCGCGGCCAAGCCGAGCGGUAUGGCAACGCGCUCGGCGAGUGGCCGCAGGUGGCGCAGGCCUGCAAGCGGGAGCUGGCAGCCGAGGCAGCGAACCUGGUGCCCAGCCGCGUGGAGUGCACUCGCAGGCAGGUGGAGCCCUGCCGUUGGUCCUGGGAGGUGGGCUCCCACCCGAGCGCCCCCAAUGAGGCUGCUCGCCAGUGGAUCCAAGUAGUCGAGUGCACCUUGGUGGGGAUCCAUGGCGUCGACGACGGCGACCUACGCAGGUACCUGGGACGGGCCGAAGGGCCCAUUGCGGUCCUCAUGCCCCUCAGCGCGGCGGUCAAGCACGAGUGCCGCCACCGACACUCGGCCCCCGCCCACGCCAUGCGCCAGGCCCUCGACGUAGCGCUGCAGAGGCUCACAGAUGGCAGGAGGCGGCGCUGGCAGCCCUCGCGCGGGGCUAGGGAUUUGUGGCAGGUGGUGCUUUGCCUAGACGAUGUGGAGGCAGCCACCACAUCAGCCUGUGAGGAGGACGAGUUCGGGCCCUCGAGUUCGGCACUAGCGAGUGGAGCGACCUCGUUGGCCAAGUUGGAGUACUUGAGCAUCUCGAGGCGCGCUUGUGGCGCCGCAGGGGGGCGCUGUGCCUCGCCCACCGUAGCAGUGGUGCGGCCCCUGGAGCAGUUCGGCUGGUACCUCGAGUCAGAGCUGUGCAAGGUCGCGGACCCCGGUGACGAGCUCGAGCCCAUGUUCCUCGGGCCUCAGGCGCUGAGCAUAAAGGAUGGGCAUGGUGCUCGGCAGGCCCCCAACCGCCAUGAGAGGCGGAGGCUCAGCAGCAACCCCCUCCUGCUUCGGCCGUUUCUCGAGAACGCCAUCGGGCGGCGGCUCGGGCGGCCAGGCAUCGAGCUGGGCGCGAGGGAGCAGCACGUGCGUGGUGCCCACGUCUCCAACAUGCACCGGGCGAUGCGCAACUGCAGGAGUCGCAAGCCAGCUGACGGCAGGCUCAACGGCAAGCUGUACCUCGAUGGCUCGACCAAGGCGCAGGCCGCUACGGCCGAGGUGCUUCCGUUGGCUGGAGCGGCCCUCGGCAUCGGCGCCCCCGCCAAGCGGCCAUGCCUGCAGAGCAGCCGCUCGACGGGGAGCAGCUCGACUACCAUCUCGGCCGCUGCUGUCGCUUUCAGCAUCCUGGGGCACACGCUCUGCUACGCCCGCGCAGGCGAAGACGCCCAGGAGGUCGUGGCCUGCUCCAGGUGCGGGGCCUACAAGGUGCUGGGCAGCCGCGCAGGAGCCAAGCCUCGCCUGAAGGAGCGGUGCCCAGGGGACAAGACGAGCACGGCGGGCAGGAACCAGCGCAGCCUGUGGGCGCGAGGGCUCCAUCCUGGAGGCAGGCCACGAGCGGACAAGCAGAGAGUGAAGGGAGAGGGCAUCCCCGCCCUGCGUUCGCAAGGGCCAGUGCCAGGGCACGCCCAGGAGCGCUACCUUGAGUGGUUCGACAUGAAGGCGGAGUCUGCAGGCGGUGCCUCGACUGCAGCCAGCAGCGCAGGCAGAGGCCCAGCUGCUCCCGCGGCAGUGCUGGCGGCGGAGGUGGCGGAUGCCAGCGUGCCCCUGCAGCAGCCAGCUUCGAAGGGAGCUGAGCGUCUCGGCAUGCGCGGAGACACCGAGGGGAGGUUGGCCGCCGCGAGCAGCACG